AUGUCAGGCAUCACUGAAAGCAUCUUCACGAACUUCCAGCCAUUUGCAGAUCGUUGGCUGGAGAUGGAAGUGCAGCACAAGCAGCAAGCAGAGGAUCCUCACCGAGCCCGUUUGCUGCAGCUCUGGGCUCCGGAGCUCUUCGAUGACGUUCCGCCGCCGGAGAUGCCAUUGGUCUCGGCGCAGUGGCUGUGGGCGGCAUUGUCCAACGAUCCCAAGACAGCCCUGGCAGAGAUGGUGGCCGCGAAAUCUGAGAGUAUUCAUCACCGGGCAGCUGCAGCUUUGGUUCUCGGUCGCUUAGAAGAUGCUGUGGGGCUCUACCUCACCAAUGAGCUGCUGGCAGAGGCUCUCCUGCUUGCACGUCUUCGUCUGCCCUCGCGACACCCCUUGGUGCUGCACAUCUACCGAAGCUGGGCACAAGACUUUCGACGUCGUGGGCGACAAGACCAAGCAGCGUUGUGCUUCUUUGCUACCAAGGAAUUUGGCAAUGCCCUGUCCAACUUGGAGGACUGGUUGGCGGUGCCUAGGGCAGUGCUGGGCCCUGAUCCCUUGCGGCUGAGUGGUGCCUUUGCGGCCGCCAAAGCCGCAGCGCAGCUGGCCGGGGUCAAGGCAGAUGGCAUACAAGAUGGAGCUGGAAGUCAAGAAGAUGGCAGUGAAGAUGAUUGUGAUGCAACGUUAGCCUUUGAUCACCGGAGUUGGUGGGGUCGACCUGAGCUUCGUGCAGCUGUUCAGGCAUGGAAGAGGUGCAUGGUCGAGGCACUGUACACAGGCGAUUCCUCUUCUGCGCUCAAAGUGGCCAGAGUGGGUCCUUUGAAGAGAGACCUCAGUCAUGGGGAGCGCUUCCUACGGGGAGCAUUUGCUGGUUAUGCCUCUGCCAUGGCAUGGUGGAUGCAGCUCAGAAAGGAAGGAGAAUGGCCGAAGGCAGAGUGCCCUCUGGCUGCCUUUGUGGAAACAGGCUCUUCUUGCCUAGAAGAUGAUGACGUUGACUGGGACUUUGAGUGGCGCGCUCUCACCUGGUUGCCUGCGUAUUCUUCAUCAGAAGAGGACUGCCUACUGACGGCUGCUGUGGAGCUUGGUCGUUCUUGCGCCUCUUUGGCUUCUGGUGGCCGAAACGCUGAGGCUCCUUGGACGCACCUCCUCAAAGCGAUCAACGCUUUGGUGAAGGGCGCCACUAGCGCGUUGCAAACACUGCCAGCAAAUGAGAUAGCCUCUCCAGCCACGGCUGAGGGCUUGUUGCAGGUCGCCACACCACUGGAGCGACUGGUGGAGUUGCUAAGGUCUGCCUCAGAUCCUUCUGCGCGAGAUCUAUGUGUUGCUGCUGUCACGGACUUGGUGCUGAAGAAGCUCAAAGUAGCUGCAGGUCGACAGGAUGGAGAGAGACAGGUGGAGGAAAGUGAUAUUGGGCAGACCAUUGGCUGUGUGCUAUUUGGUCAAAAGAGCCACAUUUCAGAACUGUUUCGCGUAGCUCGUGCGUAUGCAAGGCUCCAUGCUGACACCUCGGAGACGGAGUCAGAAUCCUUGGAGGAACUGAGAGAAUUGGUGCCCAAACUGCCUUUGGAGCUGGUUCCCGAUGCUUGGGUCGUCUCCGAGCAGCUCCAACAGGCAGUUCUUGGAGCUGCCACCAGCUGCGGAUUACAAGGUGUUGCCAACGAAGUGCUUAAUGACUACAAUGAGGACAGCUCACCCUCAGCAAUGAUCUCCAAAUGCCUUGGAAGACUCUCAGCAUAUCACAGGAGCUGCGGUGUGCCUGGUCUGGUGCCCCUUGCCAUCUCGGGAUGGUGUUCGCAGUGGCUGUCCAGCAACCAGAGCGCGAUAAAAAUGCAGGAUUUACCAGAGUACGACCUGGAUGAUGAGGAGCAGAUGGAGGGUCCUCCGGCCAUCACAAGUGAGCUGCUGGCUAAAGUGGCCGAGCUGCUUCCCAGCUGCUGGGGAGACGAAGUCGCUGUGCCUGCUGAGUUGCUGGACCUUGACGCAUUUGAGCACUUGAAAUGGCGGAGUCGUUUGACGCUGCUUGCAGCCCAAGAGCCCCAUGCUGAUGUCGUGGCAACUUGGUCUGCUUGGAUCGCUUUAGAGAAUGAGGAUGAAUAA